GGAGACCACUCUGAAAGGCUGUCCCUUCCAUCUCGACUGUACUCAUCCAAUUCAUCUCACUUUCAUCUCAAAGCACCACACGAUGAAGCAACGAAAGCACGGGAAUCAGUCCAGCGCCAGUGAGAGGGAGCAGGGCGAGAGCACUGACUCGACGACAGCAUUCUCAUCGUCUUCAUCGGUCAUUCACACUUCCUCGUCUUCUCGUGGCGCCGAUCCCUCUUCAACUACUGCUCAGCGAGUUUACUCCUCCUCCUCCUCGCUUUCUUCCACAGCAUCCUACAAAGCCUCAGAAAAGAGUACCAUCGAUGGCGGCAGCGCGAAGCCGAGCGCUAAGACUGGCGCCAAACCACCGCAUUCACAGACUAUGCUUUUGGAGCUCCUCCUUACCGUCACUCGGGCGUCCCUUAUCAUUCUCACGCCAUUGGUUGCGGGCAUGACCCUGCGCGUGGCGCCCAACAUGAUGGAACCCAUUUACGGCAGCAUUUUUAUUGAGGAAAUGUUUCUGGAGUACUCGAUGGUGUCCGUGGGAUUGGGAGUCGUGCCGGCGGUGAUCUACACGUAUUUCGCAGGAUCGGACAGGAGCCACCCGUCAUCAUCGUCGUCAUCAGGAGAUAAAGCGGCUCACGACAGUGCCUAUACGCAGUCUAUUUCUGAAGCGGCUAUCGCAGCCGCUGGUCUUCGAAAGGACGCGAAACUUCGAAAGGGCAUCGUUGUGUCUCUGGACAUGUGUGCCUUGUUUUUGGCCAGCUCCUUCUUCACGACCCAUGCCAUGUUCAAGCACAGUGGAGAGUUUGGACCCUGGAGAGGGCCGCAUUUGACGCAACUCUUCCUCGCUUACCCCGUGCUUGCGUUACUGGGAUUCACCAAUGCACUGGCGUGCGUUCUGCGUUCAUAUGAGCGCGUUCAUGUGAGAACAUGGAUGAGCUGCGUGCUGAUCCAGGUAGGGUCGAUCUUGGGACUGACACUGGUUGUGUUCCAGAUGGUGCCUCAGGGUCAGAACUGUCCCCGCGUGUAUAUAUCCGCCAUCUUGGUGGCAGCCAUUUCUGGACUUCACAAGAUGUUGACAUUUAUCCAUGGAGAAGUGGCGUUACCGGACGAACGAUUGGAGAGCAGGAGAAAACCCAAGACUGCAUUAAGUCGAGCAUCGCUAGCGAUGAGUUUCAUCCCGCUUGUGCUUGUCCUGGCUAUGGCCGCUCAAAACGCUACGCGAAACCCUCAGUGCCAGGCUAGUGUGACUAAGGCCCACAAUCCACCCACAGGCAACUUUACGAUUCUGGCAAGAAAUGAAAGCAUUACUGGAUGGAUCAGUGUCGUGGACGAGCACGCCAUGAGAAACGACCUCCAUAUUCGAGUUAUGCGUGCUGGACAUUCAUUGAUCGGUGGAAUGUAUGCAGAAACAGGCGAUUCUAUCUUUGGCACAUUUUACAUCCCAGAAGCUGUCCGAUUGAUCAAGAAUCGUGAGAGGAGUCAGCAGGAAAUAGCGCUUCAAAUUGGGUUGGGAGUAGGCAUCGCGUCAGGCUCCUUGACUCAGCUAGGUGUGCUUGUUGAUGUGGUAGAGAUCGACCCAGUUGUCGCCGAUUACGCGUCUAUGUACUUCGAUUGGCCAAAGCCCCACCAGCUUUUCAUUCAGGACGGACGACAAUUUAUCAAGAAUGCACCCAAGGGCAAAUACGACUACAUAAUCCAUGAUGUGUUUACGGGUGGUGGUGUCCCACCAUCUUUGUUUUCUCUGGAGGCAUUACAGGACAUUCAAAGGAUCAUGAAACCCGAUGGUGUGCUCGCCUUGAACAUGGUGGGUUCAGAGCAUCCUUUGAAAGCCCAGGCACUUAACUCUGUGCGUCGCACACUGCACACGGCCUUCAAGCAUGUGGUUGGGUUCAAGGAAAGCCCCGAUGAUCCUGAGGCGUAUCAAAACAUGGUCUUUUUCGCCGCUCAGAUCCCGAUCGAAUUUGAUCUGUAUGAUCCGCCGCCUGCUCCAUCUCAAGAGGAUAUUAUGAUGUCGCAACAGCAAGGCGGCCACAUCGAUCAUGCGUUGCGGCCCAGUGUCAUGCGGGAUUGGGUUCUGACCAGUUUUCAGGAAUGGCCGCUCUCAACGCCUUAUGAUCCAACUAAGGGAGAGCUGAUCCUCGAUCGAAAUAACACGCUUAACGCGAUGCAGCGCAUUGGGGCGGAGGACCACUGGCAUGCCAUGAGAUCUCUGUUCCCGCUUGAUUUCUGGAUCAAUUAUUAAACUGCUUCUCAGAACGAAAUAAAAAAAAAAAAAGAGCAAGUGCUGGGCUCAAAACAAAGUG